AUUAGCUGAAAUCUAAUUAUAACCGUGAAAACAGCCACUUUCGUCGUAUUUCACCGUCAAUCCCUGGAUAUAGCAGUGAACUUAAAAACUCAUCAUAAUUAUCAUUAAUUUAAAUUCGAGAUUAUUCAUAGCGAAAGCGAAGUAACUCGGGUGGUAUUUAACGCCGCACCUGCCCGAGGCGUCUUAGCGUGGUCGAAAUUAAUGCGACGCAAAGUUGGCAAAAGUCAAUUACACUUUAUUAAAACCGUCUCCAUUUAUAUCAAUUUGACGCAAACUGUUACAAAUACUGGUAAUGUUCCGUCCUUUCAUCUGAGUACGAGGCGGAGCUACGCAAGCGCCAGGCAGAAGACGAGCCGUAGACAAAGCGAAUGGCUGAUCGCGGCCAGUACGCAGCUGGCGCGCCGCGAGCACGCAGCGACGCCGCCCGUCGCCCGCCGCACCACGUUGCACGCUUUACGACUCGAACACCCGCUCUAUUCACAACCCCCGAUGAAUAUUUAAUCGCACCUAUUCUACCGAGCAGCGAAUGAAUGAACUAACCUCGUUACCUCAUCGACAGCCAUGACAACGUUUUUGUUGACACAUUUGUAACAGUUGAAAAAGUUUAUAGCAUUACAAUGUCGUUGGGGUAAAUUUAUUUUUCCAUCAUGAAUGGUCACAGAUUAAUUCCGCGGUUACAUGCAGCGGCGUUUGUUCUCUUAUAUGUGGUAGUUAGCGGAUAUGCAAUGCCUCCCGAUGAAUCCUUAUUCCCCCGUUUCGUGGAACCAGUUCCGAACGUCACAGUGACUGUAGGCCGUGACGCUCUCCUUGCCUGCGUCGUGGAGGAUUUGCGCGGAUAUAAGGUAGCCUGGGUGAGAGUGGAUACACAAACGAUCCUGAGUAUCCAUCACAAUAUAAUCACUCAGAACCCGCGAAUCAGCCUGUCCUACAACGACCACCGCUCCUGGUACCUGCAUAUCAAGAACGUGCAGGAGGUGGACCGCGGCUGGUACAUGUGUCAAGUGAAUACAGAUCCUAUGCGCUCAAGGAAGGGAUAUCUGCAAGUUGUAGUACCACCAGUUAUCAUCGACAACAUGACAUCGAUGGAUAUGGUAGUGCGAGAAGGUACCAACGUCACCAUGGUGUGUCGUGCCACCGGCUACCCUGAACCGUACGUCAUAUGGCGAAGAGAAGAUGGCCAGGAGUUUAACUGUAAUGGAGAAUCAGUGAACGUCGUUGAUGGAGAGAACUUGACAAUAUCAAAAGUAUCACGGCUACAUAUGGGUGCGUACUUGUGUAUAGCAUCAAAUGGCGUACCACCUUCCAUCAGCAAACGUGUCGUCCUCAUGGUUCAAUUUCCUCCCAUGCUUUCAAUACCAAAUCAAUUGGAGGGAGCAUACAUAGGGCAAGAUGUCACGCUGGAGUGCCAUACUGAAGCAUAUCCAUCCUCUAUUAAUUAUUGGACUACAGAUCGAGGAGAUAUGAUAAUUUCAGGAUCUAAAUACAAUACGUCUUUAAGUGACGAUGGGUACAGCCGGAAAAUGAAAUUAACGAUUAGAAAAGUAUCAUCAAGGGAUUUCUCUUCAUACCGGUGCGUCGCAAAGAAUUCCUUGGGGGAAACAGAUGGACUUAUUCGGCUCGAUGAAAUACCAGCUCCAUCAACGGUGAGCACGACGAGCAAUUACGUCACCAGUCCUCCAAAGAGAAAAGUUAAACAAAAGAAUAGAUGGAAGGACAGCUCUGCGGAGAAUAGAGUCCUCGGAGACUAUGAGGCUGAAGAAUUGAAGGAAAAUGCUGAUUUCCAGACCACUCCAUCUUCAGGAGCCUCAAUCACUCAAGGUGUAUUUCUCGUCACAAUAAUGGCCAUGCUUAUCAUCAGCUGACAUCAAUGCUUCGUAAACAUAAAACUAAAAUAGUGCCAAGAUAAUGAACGUGCUAAAAAAUACGAUAAAGCCUAAUAGUGAUAAAUUACCGGCUUGAUAUUUAAUGUAUUCAGGUUUUAGAGGAAACCACUGCAGUCUUCUGAAUUAGAUCAGUUAUUAAUACCGAGUCAUAUCAAUAUUGUAUUGUAGCAAAAACUAGCAUAUAGAAAAAGUUAUUAUAGUUAAUUAUUUAGUGUCAAUAAUAUAUAAUACUAGUACAUUAAACAUAUAUUUUUAUUAUAAAAAAAAUUACACUCUUUACCAUCGGUAAAUAAAAAAUUAUCUAGUGGAUGUGAAAAAUAAAAUACAAAAUAAAACUUAUUUCUUGUAUUUGUAUUUAUAUUCCAUGACAUUAUGUUCAAAGGAUUGCAGUGAGUUUUCAAAAAUUUGUUUAAUUAAAAGCAAAAUUGUAAAUUUUAACUAACUAUUAACAUCGAAACCGGAGUUUAAGUUUUUUAUAUGAAAAUAUUGUAUCUAUGUAAAGAACUACAUAUUAACUGUACAUAUUAAACUGUUACUUGAUACAGAAGACUGAUAGAUUUUUAUGAUAAAUGUGCCAUAUCUAAUAAUGAUGUAAAAUUAAUAGAAUUUGCAAAUUCCAAAUGUGUAGUACCACGUAAUCUAGAGUAGAUAUAGAAAGUAUGUUUAAUAGAACACGAUAUUGAUGUGCUUAGCACGUCACGUCACGUCACUAUUCAUAGCAUAUCUUAUAUCUAUUAAUACUGCUUGUAGCAAGAAACACAUUUUUUUAAUGGGUGGUAAUAGAAUGGUAACCCCCCCUGCGCUAUCGGUAUACGCUGGAAUCGGUAUACACCAGUGAGGGAUGAUAGGUGACGGAGAAAGCAGGUCAGUGAGCCCAUCGUAACGAAUUCCACUAAAAUUAACCACGAUGAUUUCUAAGGGGAAUCGCGUUGAGGUCAACCUGAUAGAGUGUAUUGCUGGCAAUGGGACAAGUAGACCCCAUUACUAACAAUCCCUUUCUCCCCGUAAUAAACACAUUACUUACAUAUAGAAAUCUUCGCUACAUAUAGUUUUAUUUCUUUGAUUUUUUAGUUAAAAGAAGUCAAGAACAAUAAAAAAUAUUAACUUAAUAUUAUAAAUUGAUUUUAUAUUUCCGAAUACAUUCCACAAAACAUUCGCUUCUCGUAAAGCGAAACCUCUUUAUUCCUAUACACAUAAUAUGUUACAUUGUGAAAUCACUACAUAACUUCAACAAUCCUAAUGAAAAUUUAUAGAAACACUUAGAGGUACUGUAGUAACAAUCUCCAUUUUACAACCGAUAACAAUGUUUCAGUAGGUACCUAAUUAAAUGACAUAGUUGUAUAACUUAAUAAGAUGUCUCUAGAUAACAAAACGGCUUAUCAAACACCUGAGUUUUAAAAUCUUGAUAAACUUAAGACGAUCAAAUGCAAUACCCUAAUUAGAGUUAAAAAUUGAAUGCAUGAAUUCUUUUGACUUCAAUCUGUAUUUAUGUACAUUAACGUAAAAACAGUUUGAUACAAUUCAAAACAACGUCCCGUGUAAGUACAAUAACUCCGCGCCUAUUUUCUGGUUCUCAAAAUUUCGCUCGUCGUCGUCAUCUUGCCUUUGGUAUUCUACAGCUUGUGUACAUAAUGUAUUAUAUAAACACAAUGUUGUUGAAAUGUUCAUAUAUGUAGAUACUAGCUGUGCCUGGAACUUCGCCCGCGUGAUCGAGAUAAAAGUAUCCUAUAUUCUACUCCAUGCAAAAUAUUACAUAUAUGACAAAUUUGACGACGAUGAGUUUAGCUGUGAAGUCGCCAAGAUGUAACAAAUAAAUUCACUUUCAUAUUUUUAAUAUUAGUAAAGAUAUACCUAGAUAAUUUAUGUAUACUAUAGUAUAAACGUGUAAAUAUUUAGUUAAGGAAAGCGAAGUUUUGUUUCAUUAUGAGAAGGAAGUUUACAUUGUAUAUUAUUAUACCAUGCUAUGACAGUAACACAAAUACAAGAACAAUAAAUAAUAUUUAGCUUCAAAUCUAUUAACUAUAUCAUUGGUGAUAUUACUUAUAUUAGUGAUGUUGAUUGUAUUAACAAAUUACAUAUAGGAUUAAUGUCCGUUUAGAUACGUCUGUAUAUGUCCAGACUUUUGUCCGGCCUUUUUCAAAUUCUCUGCUCAUUUGAUUUUAUAUUAUUACAAAAGUACCUAUCUUUUUGUACAGAUUAAUAGAUACCCAUGUUGUAAAUAGAUUCAUUAUAUCUGCAAUAAAGACAAUAUGGUGUGCUUUUAAAUAAAAAUAUGUAAUAAUAAAAUACUUAUCUGCUUGUAAUUCAAUAUUUACAGUGAACUUAACACAUAAGUCUUCACUCACAAAUCAACAAACUAUGAAUUUAAUAACGAAUUGUUUUAUUUUUAACUAAUAAAUAACUUAACUAAUUAAAAGUAAUUAAUUAAUUAACUAUGACUGAGUAUGGCUAUACUCACACAUAUCCAGAAAAUACAAAUCAUCAUAACUAUUACGAUUUCAUUUAUAAAGUCAACAGAUGUUUCUACAAUCAAUAUUUAAAUAAAAAUGUAUAAUUGAUUCAAGGGGCAAUAAAAUCAUAAUUCUGUUUCUAUGCUGUGUACUUUUUUUGAUCUUUUAUUGUCUAAUGUAUAUGUGAAUUGGUCGUAAUUACUCAUAAGCUCCUGCCCUACUGACUGUUUAUUUAACCUCUUGUUAUAAUAAUAUUACUAUAAGUACAUGUGUAAUUUUGUAUUAUGAUUUUCAUAAAACCUCACACAUAUAUCCUACCAAAAAGACAUGUCAAUGUUAUAUAUCUUAUAUAUCCAUUUGCGCGUUAAAAUGUAUAGUAAUCGUUAAAGUUAGCUGAUUAUGUAAAAUUCUAAUAAAAAAAG